AUGAAGCCUAUUCAAGAACCAAUUGUGUCGGAUGUUCAAAAGGAGGUGGUACCUUCGAAAUCUGGAGUUUUAAAACGCACGAAGAGGCCAACACAUAGGCCUCAUCACUCACCAGAGCCAAGGAUGGUUAUUGAAGAUGUUCCAGAGAAGUCUAUAUCUUUGCCCAAAGGGACUUUCAUUUUUAUAUCAAAUAGGAUUCGUAAACCACAACUAACUCGUAAAGAUGUUGGUUCUCAGUCUCCACUUCGCAAUGACACCAUUGGCUUCUAUUCACCUUCAUCUAUCCCUGAGAAGACAAUUGUCAUACCACCCGAAGUCUCAAUUGCUGAAUGCAUUUCAGAGGAGGUUCGCACUUCAGGAAUCCCUACAAGCAUAUCUAAUAUGGAUGCAAAUGUCAACCUGGAUGAUGGGAUAUCGACUCACGAAGCCCAAGGUGAAAAAUCCAUUCCUGAUGCUAGUCAAGAUGGUGAUGAGUUCAUGGUCUCCUUUACUGAUAUGCAAUUCGAUCCAGAAGAGGAUAAUAUUCUAGAUCAUAUGCUCAUGUAUGGUAAGCAAUUCAAGAUUUUAAAUCGCAAGCUCAGUUCAUUACUACAGCUUCAGGUUGACUCUGGAAGACAAAAUGUUGUGUUUGGGAUUGAAAUCGAUGUUUUGCUCAAAGCUCAAGAGCAUCGUUUGAAAAACAAUAAUGUUAGGAAAGUAAAGGAGGAUGUAAAUUUCAAAGUUGCCGAUAUUCGUACUGAGAUGAACAAGGAGGUGCUUACACUUGAUCAACAUUAUUCCAAUCUUCAUACGAAUGUUGAUAUAAUUGUUUAUGCUGUCAAGAAGGUUUUUCAGUUCUAUAAUUCGCUUAUCAUCAAGGUUGAUAUGAAGUCAAAGGCUGAUUCUACAGUUUUUGCCAAGCUGGAAGACUUAUUGGGGAGUUUGAAGGAAUACUUGUCCAUGUUUGAGGCUGAAGUUGCUCCUUUAUUACGAUUGUUGAAUUUGUUUCCAACCGAUGCCCCCCUCCCUGUGUCUCAUGUGGUGCAAGGGGUAGAAAGGGGAGUUGCCAUAGGCUCUUUGGAAGUUUCUGGUACUGGUUCAUCAAAAGAUGUUGAUGGUGAAAAAGUUGUUGGGAAAGUAUUUAGUACACAAAUUCCAACUUCGUUUCCUACUUUAUUGUCAACAACCUCAACAACUAUGACUUCAAGACCUUUAACCAAGGAUAUUGUCAUGUGUUCAUCUGGUGGAGUUUUGAUUUCAAAACCACCAAUUUCAAAAGAAGAGAGAGGUAAUAAAGGGAAAGUGGCUGAUUUUCCAUUGAUGAACAAGAACGACCUCAUCAAUGUUGCAAGGAUUUUAAGCUCUGUAGAUGCAUCGAAAUUACAAAUCAAUAACAAGGAAGACUUCUUCAUUGGAUUUUCUCAUAUCAAGUUGUUUAUAGACAACUAUUAUGAUUGUCUAGCCUUGAACGAUGUGGAGUAG